ACAUUCGCUUCUAUGUCUCGCGGCGAAAGGUUCGUCGAGAAUCGGUCAAUUUUAUAGUUGGCUAUAAUUAGCUAUCUCAAAAUAAGAACAAUCGGUCCGUACAUGAACAACAAUCAGGUCCCUCACCCCAGAAACCGAAGAUAAGCCGUGGUUAAAGAUGCUACCGACGCCUUCCGAGUCGUUCAUUUACCUCGUUGGUACUCGAAGCAUUCGAACGGGACCAUGAUUAUGAGAAAUCUAUGGCUCGUCGUUCUUCCGACAUUGGUGCUUCUCGUGAUAUCGGAAACGUUCGCACGGAAUCCCUUGAGUGUCAACGAACGCGAGCACAACGUACUGACAUUGUCCGAUGUCAAAGGGAAGAAGAUAAAGCACAAAGUUCGCGCACCUGUCAGCGAGCAAAGUUUAUCCGAAGAUCUCCAAGGUGAGAGGAUUUUCAAAGCGAACGAAGGAAAGGAAGACGAUGGAGGUAGAUUUAAAAGAGACGCAACGGAAUUGGACGAGGUGAAAAAUGCAAAGAAAAGCUACGCGAAGCUGAAGUUAGCCCAGACCGAAAAUGAUUUGAAGAAAUGGAAGAACAAAGACUAUGGGAAAUACUUGGAUGAACGAACGACGAGGAAAAUCGACAAGCGACAAGCGGAUUAUCACAAUAAUCGAAAAAGUGCAAACAGAUUGAAGAGGCAUGUAAAGACGAGAUAUCAGCUGGAUAACAAAACAGAUUAUUACGCUCUGAGAAAAGCUGUCAUGGAGAGAUUUUAUGCUCGACAGAAGGAGAUAGAGGAGAAACAUGCUAAAAAAUUGUCCUCCAUUCCUAAAUACAUCCUUACACGCAGUUUGGAGACUAAGACCGAUACGAAUAACGUGUCUUCGACGAGCCAAGUCGAAGCAAAAACUGACGAAACGAACAGUGUUAAUGAUCUCGUUACUGAUAGUGACCUCGGUACAUCUUCUUCUGUCACGACGACUACAGAAUCAUUUACGGAAGCUACAACAAAAAUCGAUCGUAAUAACUUUCUAAUGGAAGUUCAACCUAUCGAAAAUACAACCGAAUUUCUUAGUGAUGAGGACACUAAUAAUAUUUCUGAUAAUAAUGACGAGGAAGCAGACGACAACGUGAUCGGCACUUUAAAAUGGGGUAACUGCACGGGAAGAUUGGUGUACAAACACAAUCUGAAAUUGACCGUACACGAUGCGGUAUCCACCGUGGCGAAUUUGACAGCCUCGUUCAGCGGACCAUUUUGCAUCACUUGUGUCAGAGCGAUACCGAUGAACAUUACCAAAGGCAACAUGCUGUUAGACGUUGCUAAAAACGAAAAUGACGAACCCGACACAGUGAAGGUCUCGAUGAAAGGCUUUCAUAACGAUGAACUGUGGUACAUUACCAAAGUGUGGGCUACGACUAAAAAAGAAGACGUUUGCGAAGAAGUGAAUUAAUGGCAAAGAACGAGUACGAUCGUAAGAACGAGAUCAUGUAUAAACACGCGUACUGAAAUACACAACUUUUACAUACA